AUGUUUUCAAUUACCAUUAUUAUCUUUUGUUUAAUUUAUGCUUUAUUAUUAGGGAUCAAAAAAAUUAAAGAAAAAAAACAAGGUAAAACAGAGUCAGAAUUUUUAUCAGCAAUACCGCUAGCAAUUUAUUAUCCCAAGCUGGAUAAAGGAAUAACAACAACAAUAUCAGCAACUGCUAAAACACCAAUAUCUAUUAAAUUUUGGUGUAUGUUUCAAAAUAAUAUCAAAUCUUAUCAAGUUAACUCUAGCACCAAACAAUAUACAAGCCCACAAUUUAAAAGUUAUGAUAAGCUUUAUGACAUUUCAAAUGAAGAUGAUAAUGUUUUAGAUGAUGAUAAGCAACUACACUUAAAAUUUUAUAAGGAUUUGGAAAAAAAGUCAGGUCAAGAAAGAUGUUUAAAAUCUGGCAGUAAAUUUUUUGUUGUAGAAAUUUUAUAUCAGAUUUUUAGAUAUUUGGCUGUAAAUAAUUUGCAAUAUGGAAUUUUAACUACGUACAAUCAGCAUUGGUUCUUAAAGAGGCCUUUACAUGAGCCAGAUACCCUUUAUAUUUCACCAACUAUAAAAAUCAGAUCAGAGAGCCCUAUGAUACUCCAAUGCUAUUCAUAUAUACAGCAUUUGGCCAGAAGAUGUCUUAGCACAGGAGAGACACUACCAUUAACAUCAUCCUCUAGUAAUAUUAAUGUUGAUAGUUCUGAUGAUGUCUCAGGAUCUGAUUAUAAAGAAACUUUAUGA